AUGUUGACGAAUGAAUCAUACGACAGUUCAGAUGUUCUGAACUCCUCAUUUUACUCUUCGACGUCAAUUAACACAUUGGAUCAUGCAAAAAAUUUUAGGAACUCUUUGAUACUCGCUGACCUUGAUGAAGCAGGCUACGGCAAUUUAACGGGGCAGACCAGUCAACGCUCUGAGGAUGCAGGUGAGGACAAUAUCGCUUUUCCUGCAGACAGCCACAAGGAAACGGCCACUAUGAAGAUGAGCACUUCUCCGUCUCUUAGUGCGUUAGCAGGGAUUUUGAGCGAAAAGUCGAGGCAGGCGAACGAGAAGUUGAAAUCAAGCGAGCUAUAUGGCUCGGCGACAAUGGAGGAAGAGGAAGACGCACCAGAGAUAAGAUCCGAAAGAGUAAGGGACGAUGUCACGGCGCGAACCGCGGGCGGAACUUCUCCGAAUUUAUUUGAGCUGAACGACAACGAAGAGGUUUACUGUCCUGACACCAACUUAUCGAAUAAUACUUUUUACUCUACGCAACCAGAUUUCUUGAGCAGCCCAGACCCUACCAAGGGAGACUAUUCACGGACCUUCCAGCCCAACAAAGAGGAGCCGUUAAUGGAACAACAGUCCUCUGCAGCCCGUCAGCUCUCCAAAUCAGAUAUUAGGCAAUCACUUGAAAACCAGCCCAAGACUCAGAGGACUGUUUCAACAACACCAACCGAACAAAAUCAGCAGAGUAAGAAGAGAAAAAACUUCUUCUCAUUUCUUAAGCGCAGAAAUAAUACCGAUAUCUUGAAAACGGACAGCCCAGGAAUUCCCAACUCAGCGACGUUUUCGUUGAGCCACUCGUCCUCCCCCACUCAAUUAGCACCAGAGAGAAUGACCAAAAAGUCAUACAGCAGCAGCAAUAUCUUCAGUACUUUCAGGAAAAAUAGAGACAUAAAGAGAGAGAAUAUGCUUUCACAAGAGCAUAAAACGUACAAGAAAGAACCAAUCAAUGACCAUACGCAAUUACAGGAAGAUAAAAGGACUGCUGAGAAGCUGACUAGAACCUUGCCUAAGAAGAGCAGUAACGACAUCUCGAAGAGAAAACCCACCCCUUUGAAUUACGAACACGUACAUGACGGAGCCGAACAAACGCCGCGGACUGCUAAGUCACCAAUAGAACCAGCUGCGAGUGUAUCCGAAAUCAAUACCAUAGAUCCAAUCAUUACAAAGUUGGAUACAGGUGAAGUACGCUUCCCCAGAUCUUUGGAUAAACAAGAAGUCGAUUCGAUAGUGUCUAUUGAACGUUCAAGAUCAACGAAGUCUAACAAAAGAAGCUCAAUUGCAUCUCAUAGAAGAUCCUUGACAGAGACGCUUUCGGCAAAUGCCCAGAAUGAAGGGAUGUUCAUUAUGGAGGCGUCAUCGGUUGUUCUCUCUACUCCAGAUCUGAGUAAAUCGCCUGCCAGUAGCAUUCUGAGAAAUGGCAAAUUCGAUCCAAUCGAGUUUUCGUCAAACAAUUCGGUAAUGCUAGAUGACCAGAGCGAACAUGCAUUAUCUGUACAUUCGACCCAAAAUGCGCUCUUGGUUCCAGAGCCGAUUCAAAAUCGGCUGUCAAUGGCUUCCAUCGAGGAAAGAUUGAAUGAGUUAACCGUUGAUUCUGAAGAUGACGAAACGCCAGCAGAAAAACAGCUUGACACUGAGAAUCUCGACGAAGACCCAGAAUUCAUGUCCGACAUAAUGGAGUUUGCAAGCAUCAUUAAUUUCGGCGACGGAGUUAAUUUCGACUUCGAUUCUAAGACAAACACUCUGGAGCCCGAGCUUUCCACCUUAAAACCACUCGCCAAGAAUACAUCGACUCUGCCGACAACAGAUGAAUUUAUAGACGAACAGGACGUUGCACGGCCGGGCCUCGGGAUAACAUAUGACGAUAUAAUACCCGAGCAUCAAGUUAAUCAUACACAGGCUACCUCCGCUGAAGAUAACGAAGAAGAUGAGUUUGAAAACGAAGAUUUCAACACUUUGAGCGAUGUUGCCCAGCAAUCACCACAGCUGAAAGCGUUUAUGCCGGAGUUCGAAGCCAACAGACCGCUUUCCAUGUCUUUCCGGGGCCUCAGAGCCCCGAGCUUCAAUGCAUCAGUCACAGGAUCUUCCGCUACCGAUUCAGCUGCCCGGGUAGAUCACAAAAGCCUUGCCAGCUCGGAAAGACGUCAAUUCAACUGCGUCAAUUUCUCCUCCAAAAUUAUCCUUUACGAGACCUACGGGGAGGACGAAUACGACAGGAAACCAGAUAUCGCCACUUGCAAUCAGUUGACUCCACAACUGGCACAACUAAUAAAAGCAGAGCUGAAUGAACUCAAAAGCGACAUGGAGGUCCAUGAGGACUCGCGAUGCUACACACAUUUUUUUUGA